CUCGGACUCCGAAGGUAAUUUUGAGACCCCCGAAGCUGAAACGCCGACCUGCUCGCCACUAAAGGAAUUCUGCGAGCCACCGUCGCCGGGAUCGCCGGAGCCAGAGGCCAAGGCCCGAGAGCCGAGCGGCCAUGGGGACCUGCGGGUAGGGGAAACUCGCCAGGACAGCUCGCCUGGGAUACAUCCCAAAGAUGAGGCUCAGCUGGAGAUCCGAGGGCCCUCGGAUACUAAAGGGGAAGCCGAUCCUGAAGACUCGUCCCUGACGCAGCCACCAGCUGAAGCCCAGGUUCUGGCUACGCUGGGAUGUGGGGCUGAUGCUGGGUGCGCUGCUGUGCCCACUGCAGAGCUGGCCCCGGUGCCCCAUGCGGGAAGAGCCACCGGGGAGUGGGUCAUGUUGGGAGAGGGCACGAUGGAUGCUGGCACCAGGCUGGUGGAGCCGAAGGCUGAUCUUCUGGUCCCGGAGUGCUCGCCCAGCCAGGGCCAGCUCAGGAAAGGGAAACCAACUUCGCUGGGGAGGGAAAUGGAAGAAACCACGGAGGAGACCCCGGUGCCCCAAGCAUCCUACCAAUUGGACCCCGAGCAGCAUGAUGAGAGUGUGGCAGGGGGCUGCCAGCUGCAGAGCUCCCCCCUGGACACCCCUCCUGGUGAGCUGGAUGGGGACCUGGCCCUGGAGCCCAAAGGGCAGGUCCCAAAACCUGAGGUUGAGUGUACGGAGGAGGGAGCGAGUGUGGAGGCCAGGAGAGCUGCGUCCAGGAAGGGCAGCAGGAUCCCAGCCAGCAAGCUGACACCGAAGAGACACCGAGAGCCCCCCAAGAAACCAGCUGAAGAUGCGGACAGGGGUCCCACGGAGCUGCCGCCUCCCCGGGGCUCCCCCCGGCUGGGUCCCACGGUCUGGGACAGCCCAGGUCUCAACCCCUUUGGUGGCUGCUCAGCGCUGCAAAACUCUCCGACUCUCCCCAAGGGCUCUUACCAGUUUGACCCCAACAACUUUGAUUCCGUGGAUCCAUUUAAGCCCACCAAGACCCUCGCCAACACCACCGCUGACUCCUGCCCCACUGCCGAUAACAGCCUCAACGAAAUCCUCGAGUCUCAGACGCUGGAGAUGCCGGACGACCUUGUGAAAGGCAGAGACUCCCCGAAGAAGCCCAAGUCACGCCUGAUAACGAGCGGCUGCAAGGUGAAGCAGUACGAGACCCAGGCCCUGGUCCUGGACGUUUGCGCUCAGGAUGAUGGAGUGUUGAUCUCAGAAAUCCCAGAUAUUACAAACCGGGAUGGGCACGCCACUGAUGAGGAGAAGCUGGCCUCCACCACCUCCGUGCAGAAACCAGCUGGGCUAGAGAGGAAGAGCGAGCCGGAAGAUGACCUGGAGUACUUCGAGUGCUCAAACGUUCCUGUGCCGGCGACGAAACACAUCACAGAGGCAG